AUGGCGAACAUCAACGGAACUCUUACAGUUGUGGCGCCUCCACCUGGCUAUUCGGUCAACUUUGCAAACCCUCAACGCCAGCUUUUAACGGAGGUUUAUGUUGUUGUUGUGGUAGAAAAUCUGCUCGCCGUCGCCUUUUUGUUGCAGCGAGUAUACAUCAGAAGCUAUCUGAUGAAGCUAUUUCAAACCGAGGAUGGCAUUGUUCUUGCCGCCUGGAUAUUUUCUUGUGCUACUCAAGCCACUCUACUUGUUGGAUGGUACUACAGAGUCAUCGGUGUACAUGCGUGGGAAAUAUCUCUGGAUGACUAUGGCCUAUACUCUCGGCUUAUUCUGGCUGGCCCACUUGUAUACGCUCCUUGUAUGGCUUGUUCCAAAGCCGCUCUGUGUCUGUUCUACGGCCGCCUUAAUCCUGAUCGCGUCUUUCAGAUUGCUGUAGGGUCUACACUGUUCGUCAUCGUAGGCGCCUACACGGGCAUUUUCUUCAGUCUCGUAUUUGCGUGUCAUCCUAUUGCUGCGAGCUGGGAUCCCACGCUGCAACCUAUCGCCGUAUGUAUCAAUCGUGGAGCAAUAUACAUCGCGACCGCAGUGAUUGGAAUUAUCACAGAUGUGUUACUUAUAGCGCUUCCAAUACCAACUAUCUGGAGAUUGCAGAUGCCAUUGAAGCAGAAGGUCGGGCUCACUGGGAUAUUCGGUGUAGGGUCUAUAACCAUAGUUACUUCAGUCAUCCGCCUGGUCAUUUUGAUACCUUCUUUGACCUCCGUGGACCAAACCUGGGUCAUUGGAGAAGGGACUUUGUGGAUCUUUGUUGAAUCUAACCUGCUUGUUAUUUGUUGUUGUCUUCCUACGCUGCGCCGCUUUUUUAGACACGUAGCUCCUCGCAUCAUCGGGGAAUACUCUGACAGUCCGUCCCGUAGAGAAAGCAACAGCCGCAAACUGCGUACCUGGGGCAGCAUGACUAGCAGACCCAAACGACAGUUUGAUACCUUGAUGAAUACCGUCGAUGACCACGAGAACAGAGAAAAUAUUCCGUUAGAAAUGAGAGGUGAUGGGAAAAAACUUGGUCACCGUGAAUCGAGAGUCAACGUCUGGGGCAUGAAGGCGGAUGAUGAUAGUGAAGAGGCAAUCUUGUAUGAAAGAACGGUACAAGUGACGUUUGAAAGCGCAGAGAAUGGGAAUGAGUGUAAUCAGAGACAUGUCGGGAAGGCUUGGGCUACGUAA